AGAGCGUGACGUCAGCCGGAUUUAGCUCAGAUGGCACCGUAGCAAAGCAAUGAGUUCUAUCACUCCCGCCCAUUUCUUGAUCGAGUCAACUGGUUUGUUUCCCGUCUCAUUGCAUGUAUCGACAGGUAGUAUCUUCAUGGAUCAGAGGACGAUGAAGACUGUCUCAAUACGAAGCUCUCUCAAUUACGGAAGCCGUGGGGAUGGAGUUUCCACCAUGACAGUGGUGAAGCUUGUUGCUCUGUGAUGAUUCUUCGAUGAUCGUGAGGACUUUUCGUCGUCGGCCUUUGCAUGAAUCGGUUUUUUCGGGGGGAGUGUAUGCAUUCGAAGUGAAAGGGAAGGUGGUGUGUAUCUGUCCAUGGAAAUUACAUGGAGCAGAUUACGAGGACAACCUUUUGCAGUGUUGAUUUCUUGUUACUGAUUGGGAAACUUGUGGUGUCAAGGCCAAGUUUCACAGGCUCUCAGACUGUCCUAGCCGUCAUUUGAGCACGAAAAUGUCGUUUAUGUGGCAUCUCAUUGGAGUUUAGUGCAGUGAUUGGAGGUUUCGUUGAAUUGGAAGCAAGGCUGUCGAUCGCCAUGCUUCAACUCCGAAUCGCAAUACCAAAUUUGGGACUCACUGAUUUUCGUAUCAGUUGACAGGAGUAGCUUUUAAUCCUCAAACUGACAUGGUGUUUCUGUUGGAGCUGAGCUCGUUGACUCUUUUGACUUGAACAAUCACAUGGAUAUCACAAAUUGCUGGAAAUCACAUCCUCGUUCUUUCAAAUAUAGAUAACCCUUACUUGAUAGGCAGAAAGAAGCAUGUAUUGAUCUCAAGAACUCGAAGGAAAUACCGCAGAGCACGCUUGGGAAAAGGUCUUGGAGGGGCGAAGUGAAAUUUCAACCAUUCAAUCAUGUUGUCACCAUUGGGAAUCUACCUGUGCCUGACGUUGCUUGUUUUGCAAUGCCAGGCACAAGCACCUGCUGACGUAAUAGUAACGGGAUAUGCACAACAAUCUCUCACAAUGGGGAUCAACUAUGGAACUUUAGGCGACAACCUUCCUAGCGUAGCUGAUACAGUCACUGCAAUCAAGGCAAUGAAAUUUGGAAGAGUAAAGCUGUUCAAUCCAAAUCCAGACAUUCUCGGAGCCCUUGCGAAUACGGGUUUAGAAGUCGUCGUGACACUUCCUAAUGAAGAAAUUGUGGAGGUUGGUGCAAGUUUGGUCUCAGGAGAGUCGUGGGUGGAGCGGCAUAUUGCACCUUAUUACCCUGCGGCAAACAUUGUCACUAUCCUGAUCGGAAACGAAAUUUUCACUAGCGAUAAGUUCCAAUCGACAUGGACGUCUCUUGUCCCAGCCACGCAAAACAUCCAUGCUGCUCUAAGAAGUCGUGGGUGGUCAGGGCAUAUCAAGAUUUCCACAGCCGUAGCUCUUGAUGUCCUGGCAACUUCUUUUCCUCCUUCUGCUGGGACAUUCCGCGCAGACAUUGCCAUCUCUGUUCUACAACCAUUUCUCUCGUUUCUUACAACAACAAAUUCCUACUUGUUCGUGAAUGUGUAUCCGUUUCUAACUUACACGAUCAGUACUGACAUCAGUCUUGGCUACGCAAUGUUUUCAAAUACCACAGAAGUUAACGAUGGCGGACGCACGUACACGAACCUAAUGGAUGCACAGAUUGACGCAGUUUAUGCGGCUUCAACACACCUCGGGUUCCCCAACUUGCGUAUCGCUGUCGGUGAGACCGGAUGGCCCACUGCAGGGGAUGUCAAUCAAACAGGAGCUACAGUUGACAACGCCGCUCUUUACAAUCGACGGUUGGUGCUGAAAGUCUUAUCCACAACUCAUGUCGGUACUCCUGCACGUCCUGGCGUCAUCAUUCCAACCUAUAUUUUUUCCCUCUUUAAUGAAAAUCUGAAGCCUGGAGUUGGCUCCGAGCGCAACUGGGGACUUCUGUACCCGGACUUGACCCCUGUUUACGCUGUAGACCUCACUGGACAGCUCCUUGAUCACCAAUAUGCUCCGAAUUCAGUUUCGACAGGUCCUCCAUCUUCUCCCUCCAGUGCUGGAUCGGGUUCAUGGUGUGUAAGUUCAGCAGCUGCCGAUCCCGUCACUCUGGAAAACGGUUUGAACUAUGCCUGUAACGCAAAUGAGGAAUUCUGCGCGGCCUUACAGCCGGGACAAAGUUGUCACCUUCCAAACACAGUUGCUAGUCAUGCUUCCUGGGCAUUCAAUAGUUACUGGCAAAAAUACAGGAGUGCCGGAGGAAGUUGUUCCUUCGAUGGCGCAGCUACACUGACUUCUAUCGAUCCAAGUUUUGGAACUUGCUUGUUCCCACACUAAGUCCAUGGUAAGUUAUGAGAUGUUCAAGGAGAAGUAAGAGCUGCAAUCAAAUGAACGACACCCUCAAGCAUCAAUUCAUAACAUAGAACCUACGUCAAAGCCGUAAAAGUGUCAAUCAUCUUACGAUUCAUCAAGUAGAACAUGUGUGGCAAUGAUAAACUCAUUUGUACCGUGUGGACAUCUAUCAUGGGUCUCUCACGAAGUAGCAAAGUUUUGAUCCAGCGAAUGUAACAUUACAAGUUCGAUUCUUCAAAUUCGUUCAAUUUAUUGUCUGUAAAGAAUUCUGCAGUAUCAAGUUGACAGUUACGAGUCACGCACAAAACUCCAGCCUGUAAUUGUGCAUGUUUCUCCAUGCUUAACUAUUCAUCCCUCUGCCUUGA